AUGGAAAAUCAAAACCGAUACAGAAACUUCUGCGCUGUCAUCUUGUUUUUCUCUUCCUGGGUCUUAAUCUUUCUGACAGCAGGAAUUGUCGUGGAAGACUGGGUUCACCUGAAUACAGAAAAUAUGCCGAAUACAAAAAAUAAGCCGAUAAGUCACAGUCCCUGGAAAAGCAGCAAGGAUGAUCUGUGGCAAGGAGAUAACACAGAAAACAUCAGGAUCAUGAUGGGAAUCAUUCUCAGCCUCGCCUUCUUCUACAACUUUUUCCUGGGCUUGGGAUUCACUUAUAUGAUUCCGCGCAAUGAGCAUUCCUGCUUCACCUCUAUUGUCCUCAGUUUCCUCACAGGUAUGUUCUUGCUCAUUACACUCCUGGCGUACCACUACAAUAUAAAGCAAGGCCACCACAGGUUCUCUAAUUACAAGUUGACCUGGAUAACUUUCAUCAACUACGUGAAUGUGUUCAUCCUCAUCACCUCAGAAUAUAAGAAGGGGGAAGUAGUGAUGUUGGUAGUACAAAAGGAGGCAGAUGAAUAG